AUGGCCGCCACGGAGAUGCACGUGCAGCUCAGCACGAAAGAGCUCGUGCUCCUCACGCUCACCGUCAUGCUCGUGCCCAUCGUGCUCGCCGAACUCGUUGGCGUGGCGCAGAUGCGCGCGGCCAUUCCCGAGUUCCAGACGGACCCGAACAUGCCGCGCAUCAGCGAGUGGGUCAUUGGCAUCGGCUUUGCUUUCCUCAUGAUGGCACUGCGCUUCGCGUUUCUGGCGCUCGCAAAGCCGAUUGGACGUCGCGUGCUCGCGCCUGCGAAGCGCGUGCGCGCUGACCGCGUCGAGCGCUUCGCGACAGUGUCGUUCAAGUUUACCUACUUUGCGGUCAUCACAGCUGCAGGGUACUACGUGAUGCGGGACGAAAAGUGGUUCCCACCCGUGCUUGGCGGAAAAGGCUCGCUGCGUGAAGCGUUUCUGACGCUGCACGACGCACCAAGUGACAUACUCAAGUAUUACUACUUUGUGCAGCUCGGCUACCACUUCCACAGCUUGUUGUACAUGGUGUUCUUUUCACCGAUCCGAAACGACUUUAUCGAGAUGCUGCUGCACCAUUUGGUGACCCUCAUCCUGAUUGGCGGGUCGUAUCUUGCCAAUUAUUGCGCUAUCGGCGCGCUCGUAGCUUUCACGCACGACAUCGGCGAUGUAACAGGCUAUGCGAUCAAGGCCGUCGUCGACACGGGCAACACACCUCUGGUCGUCGUCAUGUAUGUCUUGCUACUAAUUUCCUGGGGAUACACGCGCUUGUACGUGUACCCGUUCCACCUGCUUUACCACACUACCAUUGUCAUCCAAGAAGUCAACCCAUAUGUGGUCGGCAUUUUCUUGUACCCUGGCAAUGCACUGCUCUGCAUGUUGGUGCUACUGCACGUAUACUGGUAUGUUCUUUUUCUUGUCAUGGGCUACGUCCUACUCCGCAAGGGCUUGGUGGAAGAUAUUCAGGACAAAUGUGCGGAUGUCAACGAGGUCGAGAAACCCGCGGCGCUCGAGAGAGUUGACACUUGUUCCAGUAGCAAAGCGAAGAACGAUUGA